CAUGCUGUGUGCAACUCCACCCCAGUGUCUCCCUUGGUGUUCCAGUGCAAACCAGUGGGUGACAGAGGCCAGGCUAGGGGAGCAAGAGCAAGGGAACUCAUGAUCUGACUCAGGUCCCAUGGAUUUCUUCCCUGGGGCACUAAAUGCUGAUUGGAAGGUAGGAAUUCCCAGAUCUAAUCAGGCCUGGUAAAAGGUCUCUGGGAGUGUAGAGGCCCCAGAGUGGACCUGAGAGAGGCACAGCUGUAGAUCCUGGUCCUGUGAUUCAGAAGUCUGCACAAGGCUAGCAGAACUGAGACCUGAGGGAGAGACUCUGUGGAAGGUGGCAGACCCUGCAUCAUGGAUUCUCUUUCAAAAGCAAAUGGCACCUUUGCCAUCCAGGUUUUGAAGAUGCUGUGUCAAGACAGACCUUCACAAAAUGUGUUUUUUUCUCCCCUGAGCAUCUCCUCUGCCUUGGCCAUGGUCCUCCUGGGGGCAAAGGGCAACACCAAAGACCAGAUGGCUCAGGCAAUGUCUUUAAACACAGAGGAAGACAUCCAUAAGGGCUUCCAGAUGCUUCUCACCCAAGUGAACAAGCCUGGGUCUAAGUACUUGCUUACAACCACCAACAGGCUCUUUGGAGAGAAGACCUAUGAUUUCCUCUCAACAUUUAAGGAGUCCUGUCUUCAGUUCUACCAUGCGGAGCUGGAGCUGCUGUCCUUUGCUGAAGCUACAGAGAAGUCCAGGGAGCAUAUAAAUACUUGGGUCUCAAAAGAGACGGAAGGUAAAAUUCCAGAGUUGCUACCAAUGGGCUCGAUUGAUGAGCAGACCAGGCUGGUUCUUGUCAAUGCCAUCUACUUCCAAGGAACAUGGGAUGAGAAAUUUGACAAACCAUGCACAAAAGAAAUGCCUUUCAAAAUAAACCAGGAGGAGGAAUGGCCAGUGCAGAUGAUGUGGCAGGAAGCCAAUUUUAACUUCAUCUACAUCAGUGAGGCCCAGACAAAGGUGUUGGAGCUGCCAUAUGCUGGCAAGACGCUGAGCAUGAUCAUCCUGCUCCCAGAUGAGGACGUGGACCUCAGUGUGGUGGAAAAUAACCUGACUUUUGAGAAAUUCAUAGCCUGGACCAAGGCAGCCUCUUUGCAGAAUACUGAAGUGGAAGUUUUCCUUCCAAGAUUUAAACUGCAGGAGGAUUAUGAAAUGAAGUCUGUGCUUCAGCGUUUGGGAAUGGUCGAUGCCUUUCAACCAGGCCAGGCUGACUUGUCUGCCAUGUCAACUGAGACAGACCUGUGUCUGUCCAAGGUUGUGCACAAGAGUGUCAUGGAGGUGAAUGAAGAAGGCACUGAGGCUGCGGCAGCCACAGCCGUAAACAUAGUGCUAUUCGGCUCAUCAUGUAAACCAACAUUCUGUGCUAACCACCCCUUCCUUUUCUUCAUCAGGCAUAAUGAAACCAACACUGUUCUUUUCUGUGGCAGGUUCUCAUCUCCCUAAUGGUUGUACUUCCUCUCCAUGGAGAAUUUCCCUCUUUACUUGUCCCCAAAAUUUCACUACAGUUCAUAAGGAUGGGCCUUUAUUUGAACACCAAGUAGAAAAAUGAGGUCAGGGUCCUAAGCCUUCUGAACAACUUGCCAGUGUGAUCUCAUCAUGCACCACACUCAGCUGUCCCCAUACUGCCCACUUAUUUGUACCAUAGAACCAGGGUUAUGGCCAGUAGGCUGUCCUAAUUUCUUGUUGUAUUAUGCUUGGAGUACAGAUUGCAUAGGAUAGCUUGCAAACAUUCCCCAGAUGGCCCCAAACACAUUUCUAACACAUUUUAAAUGCAAUUAUUCUACUUAUACUGUGCUUUCCUGGUACUUCAAAUUUGUCACACACCUGUCUUAGUCUGAAUGCCACAAUAGUAAUAAAUGCUGGAAUAUACUGUUAGUAUUAUCCAAGUUUAUAGAGAAACAAGUUUUAGUCAGAAGGUGUUUCUCAGUGGUAGAGCACUUGCCUAGCAUGUGUGAGGCACUGGGUUAGAUUCUCAUCACCACAUAUAAAUUAAAAUAAAUAAAAUAAAGAUAUUGUAUCUAUAACUAAAAAAACUUUAACAAACAUUUUGUCUAUCUUUGACUUUCAUCAUUGCAAUGCAUAUCAUUACAAUAUAUACUAGGAACACAAGGGGACACAGUCAUGGUCCUUUGACACCUGUUCUUUAAUAUGUGUUCCCAAUUUAUAUAGUGUUUAUGUCAACCAGAUUUGACAGUUGAAUAGCUUUGAUCUACCACAUACCCCUCUUGCAACUAGGAAACCUUGCCUGGUGGUAUUGUAUUUCUUUACCUCCAACCCAAACACUUACAUGCCAUUAGUACUUAAAGUUCCAUUAAUGUCAUCUUAUUCAAGACAUUUUCCCAUUCUGCAUAAUCAGAUGUACAUCUUUGAACUUUCACAAUAACUGCCCAUGAUAGAUGCAUUGCUUAUUUAUUAAUCACUUUUCUUCUUAGUCUUUGGACUAGGCCUUAAACUCUCCUAGAUUUGUGAUUAUAUUCUACAUGCUAUAGUGUGGUAAUAAAUAAUUUGAUCCUAUAUGACCUCUGUAGUAAUUUUUUAGUUGUUGAACAUCACCAACUUUGUUGUUCCUUUUAGAUAUUUUUAUCCCAAUGACAUUCACAUUUUCACAGUCCUGAGCCAUCUAAUACAUGGCUCAAAGGUGUUGUGCAACCACAAGUUUUAUUUGUUUUAAAAUAAAAGUUUUAUUUGUUGGUUUCUAUUGUAUGAAAGAUGCUAUAUUCUAUUUUAGCAGGGCCAGUAUAUGGAAAAUAAAGAAAUUAAAUGUUAUUACAAAUAUGAAGGAGUUAUGAGAUUCUGGCUAAAGAUGGCACUAAAUGAGAAUAAUAUGUAUGUAAAGAAUCCAAAAUAAAAAGCAGUUGUUAUUAAAAAGCUAUAGGUGCAUUGUAAGGAUAUUGGCUUUUUUUCCAUGUUUAUUUUUAAACAACGGAAGUGUUAAAAAUUAGGGUCAACUGUGUUAGACUAAAUUACAUUAUUGUAUAGGCUGCAUAAUAUAACUAUAUAAUAUAACUAUAUUAUAAUUAUCCUAGGGAA